AUGGAUUUGAUGUCUGUUAGACCCAUGAAAGGAAGAAAAGCUCCACCAAGUCAUUACUCACUCAAAAUCGAGUCAUUCUCAUUGCUUUCCAAGGCCUCAAUAGAUAAUUUUGACUCUGAAGAGUUUGAAGCAGGGGGUUACAAAUGGGCGCUGUCCAUAUACCCAGGUGUGAACAUAGAAGGAGAUGGGGAAAAUCAUGUUUCCAUUUAUUUGGUGCUUAUGGAUUCAAAUUCGUUACCUCUUGGUUGGGAGGUCAACGCCAUUGUAAAUUUUUUCGUAUAUAAUUUUCUCAAUGACGAGUACGUUACCUCUCAAGAUGCAACUGUAAAGCGUUUUUAUGUCUUGAAAACUGAGUGGGGUAUCCAAAAAUUCAUUGAUCUUGACACAUUUAAGGACCCUUCAAAUGGAUAUCUGAUUGACGAUACCUGUGCGUUUGGAGUUGAGGUUUUUGUUGUCAAGACCAUGAACAAAGGCGAUUGCUUAUCAAUGAUAUCUGAACCUAUCACUCAUUUUCAUAGUUGGAAAUUCAACAACUUUUCAACCGCUGGUUCAGACAUGUAUGAGUCUGAGUCGUUUGUUUGGGGAGACUACAAAUGGAUGCUCGAAUUUUAUCCCAAUGGACUCGAUGAGGGAGAGGGCAACAGUAUUUCAUUAUAUUUGGUUUUGGAUGUAUCAACCCUUCCCCCCAACACUACAUUAGUAGUGGAUUCCACUUUGCGCGCAAAAGACCAACUUGGUGGUAGACAUGCUGAAGAAAAAUGUGAGGCCAUGCUUGCUUUACAAGUUGAACUUUUGUAA